UACACUUUCUUGGAGAGGAGCAUUUCAGGAUCAAGAAUCAUGCAUUACUUCCUGCUGGGAUCUUCAGUCAUGGCGCUGAUUUACCUCUCAGCUGAAGAAAAUAUCCAUGUGUUCCAGAAGCCAAGAUUUGUUGGCGUUAAGACGGGUCGGACUGUGAUUAUAUACUGUGUGCCGUCGAAUCCGUCUUUGUCUGCUCAUGUAGAGUGGUUUAAAGGCCAGGCUUACAAAGACCAGCUCAAGAACAGCCAAAGAAUAUCGAUAAUGGAGAAGAGUGAUAAAAUAAAUGCCUCCAUUGCCAUAAAGAAAGUGGAGACCAAGGACAGCGGCACUUAUUUUUGCAAGCUGAACAGCAUGCUUGGACCGGGAACUGAGCUACAAGUGUCCAGAUACACUGAACCCCAGACUAUCUUGAUGAGAUCGAGAGUCAAGGAUGUUUUCAUUUUCCUUCAGGCUUUACUGUUGAUUUUGUGCAUCGUCGUUCCUCUGGUUCAGUUUUACAGACUGAAGAAGAAAGACGAUGCAGUUUAUGAAGAGCCUGAGGAUGAUCACAUAUAUGAGGGCUUGGAGAUUGAGCAGUGCGGCGGUGCGGAUCUGUAUGAGGACAUCACUGCUUUAGCCCGGGACACAGAUGCAGCGUGGGAAGUCGAGUCCCCAGACCAAGAGUGAGAAAAACACAUCCAUCAGAUUAUUAAUCUGCAGAUAUCAACACCAGACACAAAUGUUCGCAGUUACAUCCAAUCCACUGUCAAUUUGUGCUGGAAAAGUCUGAUGUAGGCAGACUGACGUCACUGUGUGUGAAUACAGUAAUUGCUUAUAAAGCAAACUUUUUUAUUUGGAAAGCACGAAAUUAUUAUGACAUUUAUAGGCUUGAAGUUUUUGUUGAGGAUGUGACAUAUACAACAAUAACAAUCAUCUGUAGACAUUGUAAUACGUUUAACUUAUGUUUUUAUUGUUGUUUGCUUGUUUGUUGUCACUUUUUUAUUAGAGUUUAUAUUCAUUUUACUGUACUGUGUAUUAUGUGGUAGUGUUUUUAGAGUGUGUUUGUUAGUCACUCUGCUAGUCAUUCAUAACAAGGUGCUCUCUGUUUGUGAC